AGUAGCUUUUAUCAUCUAGUUACAUGCACACAAUGCUAUGUGUGCUUCUGCUUGUAAUUUUUUACUUGGUGCCCUAAUACGAUUGCCUGGAAUUUUGUUAUUGCAGAUACGGUGACAAGUCCAAGUACAGAAAAUUUCUCAUGGGGAAUUUUUGCGUGACAAGAAUCAUUGUUGAGCUGACAUGGGUGACAAUGGAACUACUGUUGAUAUGGAAGUUGACAUGGCAGGUGGAAAGAUGGUGGGAACCGUUGAUAUAGUCGUUCCGAAAGGUUCAUCCACCCGUUGUAGAAGGCCUGAGCCUAUCAUGAAAGUAGUGCAGCAACUUUUGACUAUUAAGAAGGAGGAGCAUUCAUCCUACCAGACCAGAUUAAGGGUUCUAGAUUCUACUAUUAAACAAUUGUUGGCAUUUAACUCAGAGGAGCUUAUCAUGAAGGAUGAGCAUUCUGCAUCAUCGGACGGCAUGUUGCAUGCAAGUGAAGCUGGAGAAAGAUGAGGAUGAAAUCUGCCUUAUAACGGACAAGAAAACACUCCCACCAAGCUUUCCUGAGCUUAACCCUCAAAAGUGUUGCUGGCUCAACUGAUGAAAUGGUAGGGACAACUUCAACUGUAGACGAGAUAACCAUACUUUGGAUGCUUUGCAGCAGAGAUAACCACACCAGAAUAUAGCUAGAAAGAAAAUACAGAGACAGUUUGUUAACUAACUUGUCCUUAUCCUCUGUUGUGGAUGUGAUACCGUCCUAUUGUGUUGAUAAGUCUAAGCUAGCUGGCAUAAUUAUCUUUUACUUGUUGAUAGAUGUUUGUAAUCUUAGAGUUCUAAUUGUACUACGUUUGGUAUACAGCAGCCGUUAUAUUAUAAAUACAAUUAUUCAAUACAAAGAAUA